AUGAACGACAUCUUAAAGCGUGUCGAGAUGGUCGAGUGUAAGGCUCUUGUUACUCUGGUUUCCUUGUCGCGGGUCACUAAUGAUGGUGCAAAUGUUCCCUAUGUUGAUCCUACGCGUUACCAUAGUUUGGCCGGUGCCUUGCAGUAUCUAACUGUAACCAGGCAUGACUUAUCCUUUGCGGUCAUCAAGUUCUGUACACUUCAUUUUGGUCUUCAUGUGUGUAAGUCCUCUUCGGUUGAUAUUCAUGCGUUUUCCGAUUCGGAUUGGGUUGGUGAUCCGAGUGACCGGAGAUCUACGAGCGGCUUCGCGGUAUUUUCUGGUCGCAAUUUGGUGUCUUGGACUUGUAGGAAACAGCGCAUGGUGGCGCGUUGCUCCACCGAGGCCGAGUACAAGGCUCUUGCUGAUGUCUCUGCAGAGGUGACUUGGUUGGUCUCGCUGCUGACGGGGCUUGGCUUGCGUCCGUCAUCUCCACCGACUCUCUGGUGUGAUAAUUUGGGUGCCACUUACUUGUGUGCUAAUCCAGAAGUUUCAUGCCCGCACCAAGCAUGUGGAGAUUGA